AUGGCCGCCGUUUUGGCUGGCAGUGUUACGGCGCAAGCACCCAACGACACCUAUGAAUCUAAUCCCUCGAUCUACUACCCUCGGCCCACUGAGGGAUACUUUCCUUCUCCUCGUGGUGCUGGGCUCGGCAAUUGGUCAGCCGCGUAUGACUCCGCUCGUGCCAUGGUUCAGCAAUUGAACCUUCUUGAGAAGGUCAACAUCACUACUGGUACUGGAUGGGAGUAUGGUCCAUGUGUUGGUAACACCGGUGCCGUUCCCCGAAUGGGUAUCCCUUCUCUCUGUCUCCAGGACUCUCCUUUGGGCGUUCGCAACGCCGACUACGUCUCCGCCUUCCCCGCCGGUAUGACCGCCGCAAUGACCUGGGACCGUACUCUCAUGCGUCUCCGCGGAGAAGCUAUGGGCGCCGAACACCACGGCAAAGGCGUCCACGUCCAACUCGGUCCCGUCGCAGGCCCUCUCGGCCGAAACGCCGCCGGCGGCCGAAACUGGGAAGGGUUUUCCGUGGAUCCAUAUUUGACUGGUGCGGCGAUGUACGAGACCAUUAUCGGUAUCCAGAGUCAGGGCGUUAUUGCGUGUGCGAAGCAUUUUAUUGGAAAUGAGCAGGAGCAUUUUAGGCAGAUGGGGGAGUCGAAUGGGUAUCACACCCACAAAAACGUGACCGAUUCGAUUUCGGCGAAUAUUGAUGAUCAGACGAUGCAUGAGCUCUACCUCUGGCCUUUUGCGGAGGCUGUGAGGGCUGAUGUGGGUUCAUUCAUGUGUUCGUACAAUCAGGUCAACAACUCGUAUGCUUGCCAGAAUGCGCACCUCCUGAAUGGAUUGUUGAAGGAUGAGCUCGCGUUCCAGGGAUUCGUUAUGACUGAUUGGGGAGCACACCACUCUGGUGUUGAGUCUGCCCUCGCUGGACUCGAUAUGUCUAUGCCUGGAGACCAGGCUUUUGGUGAUGGAUUGUCGUUCUGGGGAGGAAACUUGACCGAGGCUGUCAUGAACGGAUCCGUACCCAUAUGGCGUAUGGACGAUAUGGUCACCCGUAUCCUCGCUGCGUGGUACUUCAUGGGUCAAGACGACGACUACCCCGAGACGAACUUCAAUGCUUGGACGCUGACUACGGAGGGCUAUGAGUUCCCUCCCACCAAGCAAGGCUGGGAGAAGGUGAACGAGCAUGUCAAUGUCAUGGCUGAUCACUACAAGGUUAUUCGCCAAAUUGGAGCCGAGGCAAAUGUGUUGUUGAAGAACGUGAAUUGCACGUUGCCAUUUAACCCCUCCAAGCCGUUGGCUCAGAUCGGGAUUUUUGGAUCGGACGCCGGGCCGGGGAUGUAUGGUCCUAACGCUUGCUCUGACCGUGGGUGCGAUAAUGGAACGCUCGCUAUGGGAUGGGGAUCUGGGUCCGAUAACUUCCCAUACCUUAUCACUCCCCUCGAGGCGAUCCAGGAGCGUGCGGUUCAGGAUGCGACCGUCGUUCAGUGGGUCAUUGAUGAUUACGCUUACGCUCAGAUCAACUCUACCAUUGCACAAGUCCAGGACGCUCCUUCCGGUGCUUGUUUGGUAUUUGCGAAUGCUGAUUCGGGUGAGGGAUACAUCUCCGUUGACGGGAACGAGGGUGACAGGAAUAACUUGACGUUGUGGCAUGCUGGGGAUAAGCUCAUCCAGACCGUUGCUGACCAGUGCGAGAACACGAUCGUUGUUAUCCACGGUGUUGGUGCCGUUGAUAUGGAGUCCUGGAUCGAGCAUGAGAACGUCACUGCUGUCAUUUUCGCUGGUCUCCCUGGUCAAGAAUCCGGAAACUCUCUCGUUGACACCCUCUGGGGUGUCAUCAACCCCUCUGGUCGUCUCCCCUUCUCCAUCGCCAAGAAUUAUGAGGAUUACGGCACGGAUGUCAUGUACGAGCCCAACUUCCCCGUCCCGCAAGACAACUUUACCGAGUGUAACCUCAUCGACUACCGUCGUUUCUUGACGCUGAAUGUCACACCUCGUUACUGGUUCGGUGAGGGAAUGUCGUACACUACAUUCGAGUACUCGGAGUUCAAUGUUGCGAACAUUCUCAACACUACUUACGCUCCUCGUCCGGCUACUCCCACGCUCGCGUUCUUGGAUGAGAGCAUCCCGGCUAGGUCGGAGUUGUACAUGCCUACCUCCGUCUCUAGCGUCAGUGGGUUCAUUUACCCUUACCUUCCUUCUCCUACCGCUCAGGCUUCCUCGAACGCUGCCUGGUCCAACUCUACCUGGAACGAGGCCGCGGCCACCACCUCCUCCUCCGCUCCCGCCUUGAACUCCGGUGAAGGCAUGAACAACUUUUCCACUUUUCCCUACUCCGAAGACGGCGGCGGCGUCGGAGGUAACCCUUCCCUUUAUGACGUCCUCUACAACGUCACUUUCACCGUCACCAACACCGGUCCCCUCUACGGUGGUAUCGUCCCUCAAGUCUACUACACCUUCGACAAUGACGACCAGACCUUCUUGCGUGGGUUCGACAAGAUCUUCCUGGAGCCUGGAGAGAGUAAGGAGGUUAGGAUUCAUCUAACGAGGAAGGAUGUGAGCAGGUAUCACGGUGGGUGGGUCCAGCAGAGUGGCGUUGUCAGUUUGAGGAACCAUGCUGGGGAUAAAUCGAAGUUUACUGAGUGGAUUACUGGUGGUGUCUAA